AUGAUUCCUUUGCAAUGGAAAUGUAUUAAAGGUCAUGAAUUUUCUCGAAAUCUCAAUGAUAUGAAAAGAAAAAAUUCUGGGUGUCCAUACUGUCAAAAAAGAACACCGCAGAAUAUCGAAAUUGCUAAAAGAAUUGCACUUGCUCGGAAUGGCGAAUGUCUUUCAACGGAGUAUAUCAACAAUAAAAGUAAUUUAUUGUGGCGCUGUUCAAAAGGACAUGAAUGGUAUGCAUGUUUAAAUUCUAUAAAAAAUCGUAAUUCUUGGUGUCAAUUGUGUUCAAAGUAUAAGCGAGAAAAAUUAUGUUAUAAUAUUACUUCAAAAUAUCUUGGACCACCAUCAGCAAACCAUCGGCCCGAUUUCUUAAAAACAUCAGAGUAUCUAACAGGACUACAACAUGAUAUUCCUUAUUAUCAUUAUGGUUUUGCAAUUGAAGUGCAAGGUAUUCAGCAUAAAAAAUAUCAUGAAUUCUUCCACCGAGGGAACCCCAAUAAUUUAGUUAAACAGCAGGAACGGGAUCAACUCAAAGAAGAACUCUGUGAAGAAAAUUGGAUAGUACUAAGAUAUGUUUGGUAUUAUGAAGACCCAUUUGAGAAAAUUCCGACUAUCCUUCGAGAACUGGGUCUUAUUCCUUAA